UCAAUGCCGGCCGGGCCUUUCGCGCAGAGGCACGCGGAGGUUUGUCCUUCCGCCCGUCCUGCUGCGGCUUCUGUGGCGGCCGGUCGGGGCAAGGGGAGGGUAGGGAAGUCACUCCGGAUUUAGCGGAAGCGUUUCGCAAAGGCCGCCUGGUGCGGAGUUGAAGCCGCCUGCUGGCCCGACUCUUGCUGCAGGGGCAGCCGUGUUCAGCCCUUGGCUGCAAAAAGUACAGAGUGGGAAUCUGUGUGCGGUGAGGAGCUGCCCGAUCGGCGCCGCUGGUUUCGCCCCUGCUCUGGGUCCUAAUAAGAAGGUAUCCUGUGGGUUUUGUACCUGGCGUUUUGCCUUGCACGAGCAGGGGCGACUUGCAACUCCCCAGCUGACCUCCCCAGCCUGACGAAGUGGGCUGCAGUCCCCUGGGGGUGCUUAGGGUGCAUAAGAUAAUUCAAGUUAUGGAAGAAUACAAUAAUGGCACCCCCCUAGCUGAUGAUCAGAGUACAGUUCCCCUUGUGAAAACAGAGGGCAUGAAUGAGAAAGAAAUUAAGGAAGAUGUGGAAGAAAGUACCAAAAAGAGUACAUCAGAUACUUCCAACAUGUACAGGUAUAUUAAAGACGACCUGUUUACUUCAGAGAUUUAUAAAGUAGAAAUUCAGAACCUUCCAAAAUACAUUGGUUUUAAUGAUGUGAAGAAAUUUUUCGCCAAGUAUGGCCUUAACCCUCACAAGAUAAAACUGUUGGGGAAACAGCACACUUUUGGUUUUGUCACCUUUAAGAGCGAGGAAGAAAGAGACAAAGCCAUGAAGGUUCUUCACGGAGUCCUGUGGAAGAACCAACACUUAAGUGUCAGACUUGCUAAGCCAAAGGCUGAUCCCAUCAUGAAGAAGAGAAGAGGGGAGGAAGUGAAAGAACAGAAGGCAGCAAAGUACCCAUCCUUGACCAAAGAUAGCCGAGAGGAGCCGCUUAGUAAGCAGAUAGCAGAUGUGGUGACUCCUUUGUGGAAUAUGCCAUAUGAGGAACAGCUGGAAAAGAAGAAGCAAGAUUGUGUGCAAGUGCUGCUGAAACUGACACAGGAAAUUGGAAGGAACAACAGAGCUCUGCUACCCUGGCUUUUCAUGCAGAAGAAGAAGUACAGUGGCUUGUGUUGCUGUCUCGAAGGGGUGAAAGCAUCGCCGUCACAGACUGAAUAUCGCAACAAGUGUGAAUAUUUCAUCGGCAUAGGCCCCAACCAAGAAGACAAAAGCGUGGGCUUCCGCCUUAGCAAAUACAAAGAUGGGAUGUGCACAGUCGCAGAGCCCUUUGAGACCAUUCACAUUCCUGCAUUUGCCAAAAAGGUAGUGAAGGCCUUUCAGGAUUACAUCAGGUCUACACCUUACAGCAUCUACAGCCCAGAAACUUAUGAUGGGCACUGGAAACAGCUAACAGUUCGCACCAGCCGGAAAGCUCACAUCAUGGCUAUUGCUUACUUCAAUCCUCAGAAACUAAGUGAAGAAGAGCUGACUGAAGUACAAAGCUCUUUGGCAAAGUACUUCACAGAAGGCGUUGGCAAAGAUAGUGGAGUCACUUCUCUGUAUUUUGUGCUUCAAAGGCAGAGAACAUCUAGUCAUGAAGAUUUGGUCUUAAAACACAUUGCUGGUGAUAAGUGCAUAUAUGAAGAUCUUCUCGGGCUCAAGUUCCAGAUUUCUCCUCAUGCCUUUUUCCAAGUGAAUACGGCGGCUGCUGAGGUUCUCUAUUCUGCUAUUCAAGACUGGGCCCAACUCAGCCAGGAUACUACAGUUCUUGACAUCUGCUGUGGAACAGGAUCAAUUGGCAUCUCCUUUGCCAAGAAAGUGAAGAAGGUAAUUGGGAUUGAGCUUUGUGAAGAAGCUGUGGAGGAUGCCAGGGCAAAUGCUCAGCUUAACGAACUGAGUAAUGUUGAAUUCCAUAAAGGAAAGGCUGAAGAUCUUGUUCCUCACCUGCUCAACUCAUUAGAGCUGCAAGACUUUAUUACAAUCGUGGAUCCACCACGAGCAGGGCUGCAUUCCAAGGUGAUUCUCGCAAUCCGAAAAGCCAAACACUUAAAAAAGCUCAUCUACGUGUCCUGCAAUGCUCGAGGUGCCAUGAACAACUUUGUGGACCUUUGUCGAGCUCCUACAAAUCGUGUCAAGGGCAGCCCUUUCCGACCAGUCAGAGCAAUGGCAGUGGACCUCUUCCCUCACACUAUGCACUGGGAACUGAUACUCUACUUUGAACGGAUAGAACUUUCUAGCGAUAAACCUUCUGAAGCGUCAGUAGAUUCUGCUGAAAUUCCAGCUAUGAAACUGGAAGCAGGAACUUCCAUAGAAGAGGACACUACCGACUCAACGGAAAAGAGCAGAGCAAAAGAAGCUUCCCAUAAUGAUGGCAAAGAGGCUUGCUAGUUUGCGUGACUCCCUGUUUCCUUCUGUGCCAACCUUUCCUUUGCCAUCUUAUUUCAAAAUGUUGCUUCUCUGGGGAAAAUAAACAAGCAAUUAAUCCACGGAGCUUUGAAAUGAUGGCUAUACUUUACUGUCAGUACUUAGUACCAGAGGCCACUUUUUCUAGGAGUGUGUUACAUAAUCUUCCUGAAAAUCCUAGGAGCCUACCAGAGGAUGAAGCCUGUAAUAGCACAUAUCGAUAUUUGUAUAUACGGACUUAUGGCUGGGCAGGGCAAUUAACUUCUAUGCCAAAGUGAUUUUAUUUUUGAAUGUUUAAAAUAUGCCAAAUCUAAAUGACCAUUGCAAAAGCUUGCACUGCACUGCAAGACUCUUGCAAAACAUCUGGUGAAUAAAUAAUACACAUUA